CCUUUUUGGCAAGACUUUUAAAUCAGCUUAUUUUGAAACCUAUAUGAGUCUUGGGUGAAACCGAUCUUUGGCAUUCAACGCAGUUUGAGCCCGUUCCUCACGACUCCCGUUGCGUCGGUUUUCUCCUCCAUCUUCAUUUCUCUAAAUUUACGGCGUUUGCCUGGGAUUUUGGCAGUAGAUCCACAUCUUGUAGGCGCCGCUUUCCGAGGCAUAAUUGUUUCCCUCACAAAUACGUUAAUAAAAAAACAGAAUGUCUCUUUCUCCGAUCAUGAGCUCGUUAGUUCCGCCACUUACACUUCCAACUGUUUCAAUAUCAUAUACCCAACUAAGUGACAAGAAUGCUGAUUUGUCUGCAAAAAUACAACAAGGUUUUGGCCCAAAUGGUCUUGGAAUUCUGUCAAUAUCCGAUGUUCCUGGUUAUUCAUUGUGUCGAAAGAAUCUUCUCCACCUUGGUCCCAAGUUAGCCAACCUUCCUGAUGAUGUGAAAAUGGAGCUUGAAGAUGCUAAUAGUAGGUACAACUUUGGAUGGAGUCAUGGUAAAGAAAAGCUCGAAUCGGGUAAGCUAGAUUUGUUGAAAGGAUCUUUUUAUGCAAAUCCAGUGUUAGAUGUACCUACGACAGACCAAUCUCUCAUUGAACGAUAUCCAUCGUAUUGUGGAUCAAACAUAUGGCCUCGUAAGGUUCUGCCAGAACUUGAAACCGCGUUUAAAACUCUUGGAAAGUUGAUACUGGAUGUGGGGUUGCUCUUGGCGUAUCAUUGUGAUCGCUAUGUGAUGCUUGAGGGUGAACGUCUUGAACAGACGCUUGUUCAUUCUAGAUGUCAUAAAGGUCGUCUGCUUUAUUAUUUUCCAGCUCAGCAGCAUAGCAGCCCUGACCAUGGUUCCAUAUCGUCGUGGUGUGGAUGGCAUACAGAUCAUGGUUCCCUUACAGGUCUUACAUGUGGUAUGUUUACUAGAGAUGCUGUAGAAAUAGAUUGCCCUGAUAGUGCUGCUGGUCUUUAUGUUAAAACAAGAACCGGUCAAAUAGUUAAGGUGGAGUAUGGGGUGGAUGAAAUAGCAUACCAAAUAGGUGAAACAACUGAGAUCCUCUCAAGUGGUCGGCUUUGUGCGACGCCACACUGUGUUCAGGCACCAAAAGGUGAUGCUGCAUCUGGUGUUGAUCGCACAACAUUUGCAUUGUUCAUGCAACCUGAUUGGGAUCAAAAGCUUUCUUUUCCAGAGGAUGUGCAUAUUCAUCGCGAGUUGAUUCAGUCCAAUGGAUCUCUUACUUUUGGAGAAUACACUGAGAAGCUCCUUGACAAGUAUUACCAUCUCAAGAUGUAAAGCUGAUAUAGUUGUGAGAGUAGAUUUGAAAAGCUCCUUCAGGACGAAGACAGUUACUUAUAAUUGCAAUAGUGAUAUUAUGAAAUGGGAUUUUGUCAUUCUAAGACAGACAAGAGAAAACACUUCGGAAGCAGGCAAUGUAGUACAAGCUCUUGUCCUUACAAAAUCUAGUUGAUUAGUAUUUUGGUAAAUCAUGCUUUCGUGUCGAGCAUUAUAGUAAUGCCUUACAUCUUGAGUACUCAGAAGAACCCUAUUUUGAUGUACUUCAUUACGUCCCCUAUAUGGAAUAAUAAUGAUUGAUUUACCAGGAAAAAAAGAAGAAGAAAUUAUUACAUUUG